GUUCCUCACAUAACCCAAUCUCCCUCGUCUCAAUUGGCGCUUGGACAAAGCUACAAAACCCUCGGUUCAUUCUGACAUGAUACCAAGUAGCUCGCCGCACGUGUGCGAUCUGUUUGUGCGCUCCACAUGUCAACGGAACUUCAUGAUGCUUGAUUCAUGGGCCGAGAAUGGGUGACAUCGGAGGCUUUCGACGAUGGUUUCCGUCCAGCGCUAAACAUGCAAACCUAAGCAUUCUUGCUCACAUUCAUUGCCGAUGACAAAUUGGCCGCAGUACAGAAGUGUCGGUGGCGGGGUUUUGAUGUUGGGAAUGGGUGAGGAUCACGCAAGCGCGCGCGAGAUGUCGUGCGCCACUAGCGAAUGCGUCAUUGCCCCGCUCGUUCGCGCUUUACGAUCGCGGGGGCCCUCUUCCGGGCGCACUCGUGUUGGGGCUGAUCAGUUCGUUGUUGCGAUUCGUUGCGUUCGUUUGCGAGAGAAGUCGGCCAGCGCCCUCCCGCAGCGCAACGCAUCAACGCAUUGUUUAUAGGCCAGCGGUUUAUUGAUUAGCGAGCGAGCGAGCGCGCGCGCCUUGGAACAGCUUGGUUGCGAGAAGAGAAUGAGGUAGGCAGUACGGUUGGCAGUGAUGCUCGUUGAGCAUCUUUGAAUAGAAUUGUUGGCCCGUUGAGUCCCGAUUGUGUUGAUAGUGUUGCUGUGGUUGUUGUUGUGCGAGAUGACGAGAUACAAGCAGGCAGACUUUGCCGACGAGGACAGCAUUGGAUCGAUACAGAUGAAUGAAACGCGAAGUCCAACGAUGAAAAUCCGCUACCAUGCUGCCCGCGGAACGUCGCUCUGGAACGCACGGAGCAAACUGGAGAAGCUGCUGAUUCUGUUGCUCAUGUUCUCGAUCGUACUGAUAGUGGUACUGAGCAGUCUGUUGGCCAACGAUAGUACUCGCAUCCUGCACGUACGUCCACACGUGGGAAGCGGUAAAGAUAAAGACGCGUUCGGGGUGGAUGAGCAGAUGCCGUGCCUGAACCAGCACUGCAUCUUUGCGGCCAGCGAGAUUCUCCAUUCGAUCGACUGGACGGUGGAUCCGUGCGAUGACUUCUACGCGUUCUCGUGCAACCAGUGGAUCAAGAACAACCCGAUCCCGGAGGGUAAGUCGAUGUGGGGUCUGUUCGGCAAGCUGGAGCAGAAGAACCAGCUGAUCCUGAAGAACGCACUCGAGCGGCCAUUGACGGAUUUCAAGUCGAAAGCGGAGAAAAAAGCGAAGCUGUUCUAUCAGAGCUGUUUGGAUGAGGAGGAGAUGGAGAAGCUGGGCGCAGUACCGUUGCAGAAGCUUCUCCUGCAGAUCGGUGGCUGGAACAUAACGGCCAAUGCGAGUGGGUUCGAUGUGAGCAAGUGGUCGCUGCAGCGCACGCUCCAGACACUGCAGAUCAAGUACAAUAUGGGUGGACUGUUUGGAUGGGCGGUAGGGGAGGAUGAUCGCAAUUCGAGCAAGCACAUCAUACAGAUUGAUCAGGGUGGACUGACGCUUCCAUCGAGGGACAACUAUUUGAACAAGACUGCCAAUGCCAAGAUACUGGCGGCGUAUCUCGACUACAUGACCAAGGUUUCGGUGCUGCUGGGCGCAGAUGAGGCCGAUUCCCGCCGUCAGAUGCUGGAUGUGAUUGAAUUCGAGACGCGGCUAGCGAACAUCACGACGCCCCAGGACUUGCGGCGUGAUGAGGAAACGCUUUACCAUCUGAUGACACUGGCCGCGCUGCAAGAGAAGGCACCGUUCAUCAACUGGCAGGAACACUUUGAGGAAGCGUUCCGAUUGGUGCGCCGCAAGAUCACGGAGAAGGAGAAGAUCGUCGUUUAUGCGCCGGAGUAUCUUGAGAAGUUGAAUCUUCUGAUGAAAGAGUACACGGCAACGGAUGAGAAGAAGAUUAUUCUCAACAACUACCUUGUGUGGCAAACGGUGCGAUCCCUGACCGCCUGCCUAACGAAGGCAUUCCGAGAUGCGUACAAAGGCCUCCGUAAGGCACUGAUGGGCUCAGACGGAGGUGAAGAACUGUGGCGGUAUUGUGUAUCGGAUACGAGCAACGUGCUAGGAUUCGCGGUCGGUGCCAUGUUCGUACGGGACGUGUUCCAUGGUGACUCGAAGCCACAGGCCGAAGACAUGAUCAACCAGGUGCGGGAUGCGUUCAAGGAGAACUUUAAAAACCUCGACUGGAUGGACAGUGAAACGCGCCGGUUGGCGGUGGAGAAGGCGGAUGCGAUCAGCGAUAUGAUCGGUUUCCCCGAUUACAUUCUCAAUCCGGAGGAGCUAGAUCGGAAGUACCAGGAGCUGAACAUCGAUCCGAAAACCUACUUCGAUAACAACAUCAACUACAACAUCUACAGUCUGAAGAAGAACCUGGAAAAGUUGGAUCAACAGGUUAACAAAACCAAAUGGGGCAUGACCCCGCCAACGGUGAACGCUUACUACACACCGACCAAGAACCAGAUCGUCUUCCCGGCCGGCAUCCUGCAGUCGCCCUUCUUCGACAUCAAAAACUCAAAGAGUCUCAACUACGGGGCGAUGGGUGUCGUGAUGGGGCACGAGUUGACGCACGCGUUCGACGACCAAGGGCGCGAGUAUGAUAAGUACGGUAAUUUGCAUCAAUGGUGGGCGAACCGGACGAUCGCACGGUUCAAGAACCAGACCGAGUGCUUCAAUCAACAGUACAGUGCGUACAAGAUCAAUGGCAAGACCGUGAACGGUAAGCAGACGAUGGGUGAGAACAUUGCUGAUAACGGUGGCCUGAAGGCGGCCUUCCACGCGUACAUCAACAACGAGAAGAGCAGCUUCACCGAUACGGACACGUUGCCACUGCCGGGCGUUAACAUGACCCACCGUCAGCUGUUUUUCGUUUCGUUCGCCCAAGUAUGGUGCUCGACGGUCACCGACGAAACGACAACACUGCAGAUCGAAAAGGAUUCCCAUUCUCCGCCCAAGUUCCGUGUGAUAGGGCCGCUCUCGAAUUUGAAGGAGUUUUCGGAAACGUUCAACUGUCCGCUCGGGACGGCCAUGAAUCCGUUCGACAAGUGUGUAGUCUGGUAGAGAGAAGGCGAAAGAGAGAGAGAGAGAGAGAGAAGCAUAAAGAGUGCUUUUUAUGAUGGUUCCAGAGCGUGUGCCAAAGCGUGCCACGCACUUCCGGUACGCACAGUUGGUACAAAAAUGGAUUCCUUUCCAAGCUCUUCGUUUCGCAAAGAGGGUCGCAACGACUCCCACCGUGAGGAUAUGUUUUCUUAUUUGUGAUCCAGUUUUAAUUACUUUAAUCCCUUACGCUUAGCGAAUAAGCGAUGGAUGAGGCUCAUCUAUCAGCGCGCCAAAUUAUACACAAAUCAUUACAUGAUAAGAAGGACGAGGAGGAGAUCAAAGGUCCUCGGUGGGCCUUUGGUGGACGAGAUAUCAAUUAGUGGACUCUUCCUACUCUUAAGCGAGGGUAAACGGCGGCGUUGCUCGCUACUCGAUGUUUGUACACUGUGUUUUUCCUAUUGCUGCUGCGAGGACAUCUAUUUUUUUACACAUUUUUCACAUGCCCGGGAGUGCAUUUCGUUUAACGUGUUUUUGUUUUCUUUGUUACAACCGUUUAUUCCACGUUUUGUGACGUGAGCGAAACACAAAAAAAAACACAAACUACAAACUUCUAGUGUGCGUAAGAUUAAUAAUUGUGAUUGUAUCUUAAUGGAGCUAAACCAAAACAAAAAAAAAAGAAGAAAUGAAACCAAAUCUCAAACACGGAUAAGAAUGAGUUCGGUGGCACGGGGAAGGAUAGGCAGAAAUGGAGCGUCAUGAUGGGUCGUGCUCAAGGAGCGAAGGGCAUGUGGUCUGCCGCUGUCGCGGUACGGAUUCCCGGUACAUUGCAGACAUUUAAACAAAUUGAAUCAAUUCCUAUUAGACGAAACGUAUGGAAAUUUGGGGGAAAACCAAAAACUGAAAUAAAACUUAUCUUAGAAUGUACAACCA